CAGAGGGCUGGGUUCCUAAGGCCUCAAAGACUGCUGGUGUAGCUGCAGGCUGGGAGCCAGGCAGGUCCUGGUGGGCAGAAGGGUGCGUCUGGGUCUGUCCUUGGCACCUCGCCAGGCCUGAGUCAUGCUGCUUGCUCCCUUCCUCCUUCCCAGCUCUUCUCACCUCCGCAUUGCAGCUGGAGAAAGCCAGCACUGGUGCCGCCCUGCUGCCGGCCUCCGCUUAUGGCCCUGGGCAGGUCAUGAGUAGAGGGCCAGGGGCUGUCUGUCCUGCCCCCUGUCUCCUGGGGCCUCCCUCCCCCUCCACAGAGGCCUGGUUAAUUAUAACUCUGACCUAAGUGCCCUGUGACGCCACACCCAAGCUAGUCCUCAGGAGACCCAGCAACCAGGUCCAUGUUUCAGCCAUGCUCUCUGCAGAGGUGCCCCUGUCCCACCUGGGCCCCUCAGUGCUGCUUCUGCUACAACUGCUGCUGCCCCCCACUUCGGCCUUUUUUCCCAACAUCUGGAGCCUCCUGGCUGCCCCUGGCUCCAUCACCCACCAGGACCUGACUGAGGAGGCUGCACUCAAUGUCACCCUGCAGCUCUUCCUGGAGCAGCCGCCACCCAACCAGCCCCCACUUCGUCUAGAGGACUACUUGGGCCGAACCCUUCUUGCUGAUGACCUCUUUGCCGCUUACUUUGGACCUGGGUUUCCUUCCCGGCGGUUCCGAGCAGCCUUAGGCGAGGUGUCCCGUGCCAAUGCAGCCCAGGACUUCCUGCCAACUUCCAGGAAUGACCCUGACCUGCACUUUGAUGCUGAGCGUCUGAGUCAGGGACGCACCCGCUUGAUGGGCGCUUUGCAGGAGACAUUGGUGGCAGCCAGAGUCCUUGACCACACACUGGCCCGCCAACGCCUAGGGGCUGCGCUUCAUGCCUUGCAGGAUUUCUAUAGUCACAGCAACUGGGUAGAACUGGGGGAGCAGCAGCCACACCCUCACCUCCUCUGGCCACGGCAAGAGCUCUGGAGCCUGGCACAAGUGGGCAAUCCUACCUGUUCUAAUUGUGAGGAGCUGAGCUGCCCCGGGAAUUUGUUGGGCUUCACACUCCUCACCUCUGGCUACUUUGGAACUCAUCCCCCGAAACCUCCAGGAAAAUGUAGCCAUGGAGGCAAUUUUGACCAGAGCAGCUCCCAGCCACCCCGGGGUGGCAUCAAUAAGGAUAGCACGUCCCCAGGAUUCUCCCCCCACCACAUGCUGCAUCUCCAGGCUGCAAAACUGGCCCUUCUAGCCUCCAUCCAGGCCUUCAGCCUCCUAAGAAGUCGCCUGGGAGACAGCGGUUUCUCCAGGCUGCUGGACAUCACCCCAGCCUCUAGCCUGAGCUUUGUCCUGGAUACCACUGGCAGCAUGGGUGAGGAGAUCAAUGCUGCCAAAAUCCAAGCUCGCCACAUCAUGGAGCAGCGGCAGGGCAGUCCCAUGGAGCCUGUCCACUACAUUCUGGUGCCUUUCCAUGACCCAGAGUUUGGCCCUGUCUUUACAACCAGUGAUCCUCACAGCUUCUGGCAGCGACUAAAUGAGAUCCACGCCUUGGGGGGUGGAGAUGAGCCUGAGAUGUGCCUAUCUGCCCUGGAGCUAGCCCUGCUUCACACACCUCCACUUUCAGACAUCUUUGUCUUCACUGAUGCCUCCCCCAAGGAUGCCUUUCUCACCAACCGGGUGGAAUCCCUGAGUCAGGAGCGUCGGUGCAGGGUGACAUUCCUGGUGACUGAAGACCCAUCAAGGGUUCAGGGUCGAGCUCGGCGUGAGGUCCUAUCCCCUGUGCGUUUUGAGCCAUAUGAAGCAGUGGCCCUGGCCUCAGGAGGAGAGGUGAUCUUCACCAAAGACCAGCACAUUCGGGAUGUGGCAGCCAUUGUUGGGGAGAGCAUGGCUGCUCUGGUGACUCUUCCCCUGGAACCGCCUGUCAUAGUGCCUGGCAAGCCACUUGUGUUCAUUGUUGAUGGGCUGCUCCAGAAGGUCACAGUCCGGAUGCAUGGGGAGAUCAGCAGCUUCUGGAUCAAGAACCCUGCUGGAAUAUUCCAGAGCCAGGAAGAAGGUAUGGGUCCUUUGGGUCAUACUCACUGCUUUGGGCAGUUCUGGAUGGUGACCAUGACUGACCCCCCACAGACAGGGACUUGGGAGAUCCAGGUCACAGCUGAGGGCACUCCCCGGGUAAGAGUGCAAGCCCAGACCUCCCUGGACUUCCUCUUUCACUUUGGUAUUCCCAUGGAGGAUGGACCCCACCCUGGCCUUUACCCUCUGACUCAGCCCGUUGCAGGUCUCCAGAUCCAGCUGCUGGUAGAAGUGACAGGGCUGGGUUCGAGAGGCAACCCUGGGGAUUCUCCCCCACAUUUCUCUCAUGUCAUCCUCAGAAGGGUUCCAGAGGGCACCAAGCUGGGUCAGGUGCCCUUGGAGCCCUUAGGACCCCCAGAGCGAGGUCUCCUCACAGCUUCACUGCCACCUACAUUGCUGUCCACCCCCGGACCCUUCUCCCUGGAGCUGAUUGGCCAGGAUGGAGGUGGGCAGGGCCUGCACCGGAUUGCCCCGCAGCCUUGCACUGUGGCCCCUGUGCUUCUGGAGCUCAGUGGUCCCCCAGGUUUCUUGGCCCCAGGCAGCAAGGCCCUGCUCACCCUCCGCAUCACCAGCUUCUCAGUCCCUCAGGAUCUUGAUAUUAGGAUAUCUGUCAACCCCAGCUUUGCAUUCACCUCCAACCUCUCAAGGGCUCAUCUGGGGCUGAAUGAGUCCGCCUGGGGGUGCCUGUGGCUGGAAGUCCCAGACUCAGCAGUCCUGGACUCGAUGGUGAUGGUGACUGUGACUGCCUUGGGUCGAGAAGUCAGCCUAUUGCCUCCCACCCAUGCCUUCCUCCGACUCCUGGUACUGGCUCAGACCCCGCAGGACCAGCUCUCUGCCUCAUCUGGGCCUGUUGUCACCACCACCACUCCUGUCUUUCGUUCCUCCACUCUGGUGACUCAGGGAAGGGCUAGGGGAGGGAAGGCAGGCAGACCCUGGUGGGGUACUGUGGGAGGUGUACUACUCCUGCUAACCCUGGCCUCCUGGUGACAAAACAGCACCUAGAGGAAUGAGUCUCUAGCUUUUCAACCUGCCCCACUGGUGAAACCAUGAGAUAGGCCUCAGGACUUUAUUUCUCCCAGCUGGAUGGGUGUUUUCUUUCUCUAGUCCUUGUCCUUUCUCUUUCUUUAGCACUGUUGGGGACUGAACUCAUGGCCUCAGGCAUGCUAGGCAAAUGCUCUACCAUUGAGCCCCAGCCCUUUCUAUUUUUUUUAUUUU